GUGACACACACACACACUCACACACUCAGACAGGAGACGGUGCUGAGCUUCUCUGAGCUUCUCACACUGAUAUGAAGGACACACACAUGGAAAAGACGCUCUGUUUGUGAUCUAAGAAAAAGGUCAAGGGGUCAAGAAGGUUAUCCUCACCAACGAAGCGACAGAACUUUCAGCAGGAACACAACCGGGAUCAUGGCACCCAUUUACAUGGACCUGCAGGUUUGGGAGGCAGCGAGUCUCCCGGGGAUGGCACUCCUGUCCGUGGUCAUCCUCCUCGUCCUGACCAUCACUCUCCUCACACUCUGUACCACCUGUCAGAGACAGUCGUUUACUCUGGAGAACAGCACUGCAAUGGAGAGGAACUCGUCUACGUUGGUUCGAGUGGUGAAUCCGGGAAAAGCCUCAGAGUACCCCACUCCUGAAAGGAAUCUCACUGUGUUGCCCGGGGACUUACAGCUCGGCCCCAACGAACAGUUCAAAGCCUGGAGGAGUCACACACUAGAACGCAACGCACAGACGGCGGUGAACGGUGGCAUGGUGACGAUGUAGGACGUCUGACGAUGAGAACCGCAUCAUCGUGCUCAGGAUUUAACCAUGUCAUGGAAUUGAGUCUCGAACUGUGUCUGCGCACGCACACUGAAAAUGCUUAUCCCUAAAACCAGAACAAACCUCUCAGAAAAGAUGCUGAUAACAUCUCCCACGCCUUUACUGUUGCCAUCCCACCAUUUAGGACGUCGACCAAACUGUCAGAGAGAAGAAAGUUCCGGAAAUGUUCACCAGUGGAGCUGGAAACGAAUCUGUGUAUUCCAUCACGACCCACAGUGCACUGGGGCAUCAGGGCAUUCUAGCACGCCACAUGUCUCAGAGGAACCUGCUCUUCCUUCUUCUGAACCAAUAUAAAGAUCUGAAACUCUGAGAGAACCAAACACCGCACACUCCUACCAAAACUGGGGUCCUCAAACUUUCUAGUUUUUUUUUAGUUUUCUACAUGAAACCGAAGGAGAAGCCAUAAAUUCUUUCACCUUCACGGUGCUCACUGAGAGGGUUUCAGACUGGGAUAGGGACUUUCAGAGUGUUCUUAAUCUCCACAAUCACAGUUAAUUUCAUGCGAAUGCACUGAUCAACAUCUGUAUUUCAUUUUCUAAUUGAAUAUUAUGUUGGAAGUUCUAUCUAAAGCAGUUGUCUGGAUGAGGUGUAGGUCAUGUUAUCCUGCAGACAUGUGAGGUUUGAAAUAUUAUAGAAAGUGUAUGUGGAGGUUUAAUUUUACCUUCGGUGUCGGGGAAUCUGAGUUAUCUAAAAUGAAGUCUAUAUGCACUAAAUGUGAAGUAUUUCUAGAUUUAUCCCAUAUCUAAGAUUUUAUAUUGUGCUUUUAAGUCUAACUAACUAGAGUAGAAGUGAUGAACAGCUAACAAGAAUUAAUCACGGGUGAAAAUGAAACGGUUGUUUUGGUGAAGUUGCUUUUUUGAAUGAUUUCCCACUUUAAUAUAAGCUAGGAUUAGUUUUAUGGUGUGUAUGAAACUGAAACUGAGUGAUAGAAAACACACGUUCCAGCUCACGCUUCACUCUGGGCCUGUAUGCUUUUUUUCCCACAAAACAUUCAAAAAGUUUCCCUGGUUUUCUUUAUACACACAUACGCAUGAUGACAAAUCAGCUUAAAUGGUUUGCGUUUAGCCGUCGCACACAAAACACCUUAAAAUCAAAGUUCAGAGAGAGCUGAAAAAAGACAAAAUGGCGGCUAAAUAUUCCAGUAAAUGCAGCUCAGCCACUGCGGCGCCUCUCUCUACGCAUAUGAUAACUCCUCCCUCCUCCUUUUUAUCGGCUGCAAUUUCUUUGGUCCUAAUUGAAUAGUCUCCUGGAGUCUUCUUAUGUUGCUCCACUAAUAUAAAACGACUUUGUGUAAUUAAUUGUGUAAAUAAGCGAUCGCCGUUUAUAAGAUUAUCGUUAAUUACACAAAGCCGAUCGAUCGAGACUCGAUCGCAAACCCGGGAGCUAAACAGACUGGAUUUUCACCAACGCCACCCUUCUUGUGUAAACACUCUUCAGAGCGAAGCUUUUCGUAUUCGGCGUGAUAAGCACGUCCCGCUGUGAGCCGUCGUCAGUUAAUCAGUAAUCACCUGCGGUCUCGCUUCGUGAACAGGGUGUGAGCCGUUACAUAACCAAGAGCUGGUGUGUGUCUGUGUGACUGAAAACAUGCAACUGGUUAACUGCUUGUCAUCUCUUUUCUCUUUUAAACUCUUCUGUACACAGCGCACCAUGUGAUGAAAAUAAACGAGAGAAAACA